AUGGUUUUAAGUAUUUGUUCGAGGAAUCCGGCUCCGGCGAAGGAUUUGUCUGAAGGAGAAGAAGAACACGAAACAGAGUCUGCUUCUGCUCCGGUUGUGGUUGUGGUGAGCUCAGAGACAACUCCUGCCUUUUCUGAUUCAGCUGAGGAGAUUCCAUCAUCCAAAAGAGCAAAGACCGCCAAGAAAGCCGCGUUCACUAGAAUUUGGUUGGAGGAAGAUGAGAUUCUUUGCCUUCAAGCAUUGGUGGACUACAAGAGCUCUUGUGAGGGAGAAGUACUUCCUAAAGACUUGAGGGCUUUUUACGAUAGUGUUAAAAGCUCAUUCAGCUUCGUGGUCACGGAUUUCAAUCAGGUCAGAACCAAAAUUUGGAAUCUGAAGAACAAGUAUAUCAAGCUCAAGAAGAACGGUGAUGAGCAUGACCGAAGUUUAGGAGGUGAUGAAGAAGUUGUAAAAGCCAAGUUGAGGUCUGUUUCUUCCAAGACUAGGAAGAGACUUAAGAAGCUUUUCAACUUGUUGGAAGCUGAGAAGAACAAGUGCUUUUUGCUCAAGGCUCAGAUUGUCAAGGAGGUGACUUCUGCUAUUAUCUCUUAG